CUCGUUUCGUUAAGUUUGUCCUUUCCAGCGCUUCGUAGAUCUCCGACAUAUUGUUUGUGGGGAGCGAUUUCUUGAAGACCCUGAGGGAGCGAAGAUUAUUUCCUUUACAUCAUUACAGGGCGUCCAAACUACUUAUUUUGUAAAGUCAGCAAGAUGGAACCGUCAGCGAGUCCUGCGAAGGAUAACUACAGGAUGAACCGCUACAAGAACAAAGCUCUUAACCUGGAGGAGAUGCGCCGGAGACGAGAAGAGGAAGGCAUUCAGCUGAGGAAACAGAAAAGAGAACAGCAGCUGUUUAAGAGGAGAAACGUGGAGUUGCUGAACGAGGAAGGAGGAAUGUUCGACAGCCCUCUCAUGGACGCUUACGUCAGCUCCAGCACAGCAUCAGAAGGAGUCAUAACGAGAGACAUGGUGGAAAUGCUCUUCUCAGACGAUCCUGAACUGCUGCUGGUUACCACUCAGAAAUUCAGAAAACUGCUGUCCAAAGAACCGAACCCACCCAUCGACGAGGUCAUCAGCACUCCAGGAGUCGUAAACAGAUUUGUAGAGUUCCUUGAAAAAAGCACUGAUAGCACAUUACAGUUCGAAGCAGCAUGGGCACUGACCAACAUCGCCUCAGGAACGUCUCAACAGACCAAAUUCGUGAUCGAGGCGGGCGCCGUGCCGGUGUUCAUCCAGCUGCUCAACUCCGAGUUCGAGGACGUCCAGGAACAGGCGGUGUGGGCAUUAGGGAACAUUGCAGGAGACAGUGCCAUGUGCAGAGACUUCGUACUGAACUGCGAUAUCCUUCCUCCACUGUUAACGCUGCUGACCAAAUCGACUCGACUCACGAUGACCAGGAACGCCGUGUGGGCGCUCUCUAACCUGUGCAGAGGCAAAAGCCCACCUCCUGACUUUGAAAAGGUGUCUCAGUGUCUGCCCGUACUGUCCCGCCUGCUGUUCAGCAGCGAUCCCGAUCUGUUGGCCGACGCAUGCUGGGCUUUGUCCUACCUCUCAGACGGACCCAACGAGAAGAUCCAGGCAGUGAUCGACUCCGGAGUCUGCAGGAGACUCGUAGAACUGCUCAUGCAUUCAGAUUAUAAAGUAGCUUCUCCGGCUUUAAGAGCCGUCGGAAAUAUCGUCACUGGAGAUGACAUUCAAACACAAGUGGUACUGAACUGCUCAGCUCUACCAUGCCUCCUUCACCUGCUCAGUAGUGCAAAGGAAUCUAUCAGGAAGGAAGCCUGCUGGACCAUCUCCAACAUCACAGCAGGAAACCGAGCUCAGAUACAGACGGUCAUCGAUGCAAACAUCUUCCCCGUGCUGAUCGAAAUCCUCCAGAAAGCCGAGUUUCGCACCAGGAAAGAAGCAGCAUGGGCCAUAACUAACGCUACGUCAGGAGGCACACCCGAGCAAAUCCGGUAUCUAGUGAAUUUGGGCUGCAUUAAGCCCCUGUGCGAUCUGUUGACGGUGAUGGACUCUAAGAUCGUGCAGGUCGCUCUGAACGGACUGGAGAAUAUUCUGAGGCUGGGAGAGCAGGAAGCCAAACAGAACUGCAGCGGCCUCAAUCCUUACUGCAGUCUCAUAGAGGAGGCCUAUGGUCUGGACAAAAUUGAGUUCCUACAGAGCCAUGAGAACCAGGAGAUCUACCAGAAGGCCUUCGAUCUCAUCGAGCACUACUUCGGUGUGGAGGAGGAAGACGCCGCUCUGGCUCCACAGGUGGACGAGAACCAGCAGCAGUAUCUUUUCCCUCAGCAGGAGGCCCCCAUGGAGGGCUUCCAGCUCUAAUCCACCUCCGACACCCUUUUAGGCUCCGUACGACGCGUCCAGGUCCUUCCCGUGCCCGUAAUCUGUACUGCAGGCUGUAUCUCAUGUGCCCUCAGCGCAGCCAUACAAGCAGAUUUAAAACUAAACCGACCUGAAAGGAAGCGCACUGCUUGCUGAUGAACUUUACCACUGUUUUCCCUCAUACGAGACUUCAGGAGCUGGGUUUUUAUUUCAUUUUAUUCUGUCUUAAUUUAAGUAGUGCCACUUACAUAUUGGAUAAAAAAUAUUUAUAUAUAUAUCUAUAUAAAUUCUUUUCCGGUUCUAAAGCUACCUUAUUGGGCACACAUUCCCAUCAGCAUCUCAUAACCCCGGUGUUUUCCUCUGCUUUCAUUUGUCUCGGUUUUUAACCCCACGUGCACAGGCCUUUGGAAAGCCAUGAGCUCGUGAGGGUUUCAUAGGCGUGGCUUCAUACCAAGACGACCGUAGAUCGCCGUCGGAAGACACGUCGAAAGAAGUUAGAGGCUUUUUUUUUUGUGCACUUUAGAAUAGCACUUGUAUUUUUCUCUCUCGCUCUCCUUCUGUUUAUGAUCUUUACCGUUUUGGUUUGGGAGUUAAGCUCUGAAAAUUCCUAUUCAGUGUUUAAAACCUCUAGUUCAAAGGUGUAGUGGUAUUUUUUUUUUUUUUUUUUUUGAAAGGCAGAAUAAUUAGUCGUCUACUGUUUUGUGGUGUGCGGUGAUCUGAAAACCUUUAGAUUUUGCAAAUCCCAUGUGUUUUAUUCAUUAUAGAAGAAGAGUGCAUUGCAUAGGACUGGUGUUUCACAAGGCUUUAGCACAAAUCCUUAGGUUUGUGUGUGUGCACGUGCGUGUGUGUGUGUGUGUUUUGGGUUACACACCAACACCGCCGUUCUGCUUUCCCUUGAAGUUUUUGGGGGUUUGGUUUUCUGUUGUUGGUGUUUUUUUUUCCCCCCUUCUUUCCGCUCUGUUACUAAGACGGUGAUGCAGACUGUGUCAAGAUCUUUCUCUCAGAGUUGCAUGGUUUUCAUUCUUGCAUUAUUCUAUUAACAGUUUUCGUUUCAGUUUUAUUCCUUCCAUCAGCAAGUAUUUUCACGAUUGCACUCGACCUUAUGCUCCCUGUUGCUUGGGUUUUUGUUUUUUUGUGGUCUUUUUCUUUAAAGGUAUUUGUUUAAUUAGUUAUUAAGUUGUACUGGCAGGUUGGCACGGAGUUUGGCAAGGGAUAUAUAUAUAUAUAUCUAUAUCUAUUGGCUAACCUGUAGAUGAAAAAUACACACGCACACAAAAUAACACGAAGGAGAAAACUGCUUCUAGAACUUUCUUCCACAGCUUUUCUGACUUCACUGUUCAUUUUCAUUCGUACGUCAUUCACGGCAGGUCUCCACGCAGCAUGUACGUGUACGAAGAAAAUUCAAAUAUUUUCAAAUAUACAAAGCAUUUUUCUCCUCUGUGUUCACUACACUGACCACUGACUCGUGCGUUAACGUACGCGUGGACAACUGAGCGAAGGAUCGAGAACGGCGUGCGAGACAGCGACUGACUGAUGUUCUGUGAUGCAGCGGGAAGGUCUUUUUCGAUUGUAACCUGGUAGCGACAUCCUAGUAUGGUAAAUGUAGUUUACACGAGUGUGUGCUAUACGUAUGCAGACCUAUUUAACACGUGCGUGUCAUCCAUGUUUCGGUGUAAUGCAUGAUCGGUGUCCAGGACGACGUGCUAGCGUACGUGAGUGUUUGUUUUUUUUGUUUUUUCUUUUUACUUUAGCUGAAUAUGAAUAAAAAUCAUGCCUGAAACUUUAUUUACCAGAACUGUGCUGCCAUUCACCAGAGGUUUAUUAUUUUUUUUCUCCCCUCUGUAAUUCAUAAAAAUUAACUGGAAAAAAAAUCAGACACUUUUUUUUUUUCUCCUCAUGUCAGUUAAUUUCCUGUCACCUUAUCGGUACACACGAGAUCGAAUCCUCUGGUGAACGACUGCAUUCCAUAAAGGCAAAAUCGACGUAGACGUCCGAGCAUGAGAACAGUUUCUAGCAGAAGUUAGUGGAUUACAAAGUAAAGGAAACGAAAGCUUUUGAUCCGUAGUUAGUGUCGCGUUGUGAAAUCUUUGCUCGUGGUUGUUUUUUUUUCUCUCUCUCUUUUAGUGGUUCAGCUCUGCUUGUUUUGCCAUUGAGCUUAGUGCAUGAAAAUGUUAGCCGUUUCCCAUAGCGUGGCAUUCAGCAUUUGUUUAAAAGAAGAAAAACACACAUUUUUUUUACAACGCAGUUUACAGUAUCGCAAUUCUACUCAUCUUUACAACAACUCGAUGGAAAAAUCCACCCUGAUUGAAUUUGUGCUCGUCGUUAUGAUUACAUCUUCAGUGCCAUCCGGCGAGUUUACGCUUCUGCCUGGUUUCGCUUUGUUUCCUACCCAAAAUUACCCGAUGGUGAAACAGCAGGAGUUGAAUCUUUACCUGCCUGAUGCAGCGACGCUUUACUGAUUUAGUCUGUGCAUCUCUCGCCUCGUCCUCCGUUCACUCUGAUCAGACCUUCCAGAGCUCCGACUUCACCAUCGCGCCCAUCGUCUCUCAGAUCGUGGACUAGCCGAGUGCCCUAUAUUUAACUAAAUUGAUCAACAACAGAUUAACCGCGCUGUCGUGUAAUCAUCAAAUUCACCCAAGCGUAGAGGACACAGAGCUGCGCUCAGUACAUUACUGACAGUCUAGAAAUAACUAGCUUGUGUAUAGUUUGUGAAUCUCCUCCACCGUCAUCUUGGUCAUUCAUACAAAUCAGAUCGGUUCUGUUCAGUCGGACACAAAAUAAACACAGCACGAGUAAAAGCUUUCUUAAACACCUGUAACAGCGAUGACUCCCUGUGACCUCCACAACCACGACUUCUCCAUCAGAUAUCUUUAGACCCGCGUUUAGCGUUUUUCAGGGUGGAUUUUUUUCUUAAGUGUAGAUUUUUUUCGAAACUCGUUCUAUUUGAGUCAUUUUUAUCAAACCGUGGAUUCAGCUGUUGCUUUGACAAACAGCACAAUUUAUCAACAGAGAUGUAGUAUGAUUUAUUUUCCCGUAAAACGCCGAUUGAGCUCCGGGAACGGCCGAAGCACAGGGAUACAUCAGAGCAUUUAUCUGCUCUCGGAUCUUUCUGUGCGUCUUUUGUUAGGGGAGAAAAGAGAAACAUUUGACCCUGUACCUGUCGUACUUAAAGGGAUUCUGCAGCUAUGCGUACACGUUUUGGUGGAGGGGGUGGGAUGGGUGGGGCUAGAGUGGGCGGGGCUACGUAGUGGAUCAUGAUACCGAAAAAAAAUAUAUAUUGAUUUCAACAACAAAAAAAAAAACAAAAAAAAAAAAGCACUCCUUUUCACUAAAGUGCCAAUCAGACCAACGAAGACUGGUGGCUGAUGAUGUAUAUCGAUUCGUCUGAUUAAAAAAAAAAUUCUUCUUCAUUUCUUUAUUUACUUGAAUGUGCACAUAUUUGUGCCGAUGUUGCUGCUCUUGUUAUUUUUCAUAUCUUUCUAGUAAUCACAUUAAGAGGUUACAUUCUCUCAAGUAGUUUCUGUAGACAUGUGACCGUCUGCUGUUUGUACACCAAAUUGGUAAACUGAAAAAAAAAUAAAUAAAAAGAAAGAAAGAAAAAGAAAUUUAAAUGCUAAUUUAAUUUAAAUUAUGCUGGACUAAUUUGCAUUUUUAAUCAAAAAUUUUCCCCCCUAUUUCUUUGCUUUCAUAACAUUAAUAAAAUUAAAAAAAAAAAAAAAAGUACCCUUUCAUACUGAGAUCCAAAUAGCAUAGUUUUUGUUUUUUUAUCUUGUUUCCUGCGGCUCUGUGUCGCGGUUGCUUGCAUUUCUACAGUUUCGGUAUCGAAUUCUACAGCAGUGUCUAAGUAAUCUGGUCUUCUCAGUCACUGAAGACAAUUCAGUUCAAACAGGUUUCACUUUCAGGGAAGAAACGCAGGUGGAUCAAUUGCCUGUAGAAACCGCUCCAAAAUUCACCAUGUGCAGGGAAUAUACCUAGUUUCAGUUCAGGCUGAAGCACGUCCUUUAGAGAGAUUAUCAGAUCAGGGCUUCAGAUGUUUAAAAAAAAAUCAAUACAAGUUGCAUUUCAAUCAGAAAAUUCUGCGGACCUGUUCUGGACUUGUCGUCGUUGUUGUUGUUGUUGUUAUUGUUGUAAUUGUUGGCACAAUUUCCUGAUGCUCACCCUGAUUAAACACUGACUUCCAAGAAGUGCAAAAAUUGCUAAAGGCCACAUUAUGUACAGUCGAGGCUUUCUGGUCUUCCGUCCUAGAUCUUGUAGAUGAUUAUAUCUUCGAGACUUUUUGUCUCCUCCAAAUCCAAAGCCUAAUGCUUGGCUGUAUCAUUAAAUACAAGUAUAUUAAAAAAAAAAAAAAAACGUAUAUAUAUCUAAAAAAUACAAUGAAAAGGCAAACUCAUAUGUUUACAAUGCUACAUGUUUAUUCUUAUUAAAAUUGUCAAUCUGUUCAUUUGACCCUGGUGAAGUUUGGUGUCCUGAUCCUGCGAUUCCUUUUUAUUUUAAAGGUAUUUAUAGAUCUGUUUUCUGUCGUCUCCUUUUGCCAACUAUUUACCAUCUCAUACUGUGACUGACUUGACUUUACCGACCGUAUGAAUGAGCGACACACAUGAACAUGUACAUUUAACGAUACUGUACAAAUGUUUUAAGGAGAUUUAAAAGGUUUGUUCAGAAUGCAAAUAACAUGCAAAAAAAUAAAAAUAAAGAAAGACAAAUAUUGCA